AUGGCGAUCUCCACGUAUGUACUACUAUCGGUCUUUCUCGUCUUUAGCCAAGGCGCCAUUGAGGCGGAAAUUCGACGGAAUGUCAACUUGCGAGAGGUCUUGGACUACCGACUUGAGGCACUAACCCCGGGUAACACUAAGUCAGAUGUGGUGAUGUCUGAGAAGAUGGACAUACAUGAUACGAGUUCUGGAGGGUUAUUGCCAACACCGCGGUAUAUGUUGUAUUUGUACAACGCUAUUAAGAAGGAAGGCUUUACUAACCAACGCUAUCGUAUCUCGAGCUAUAGAAUACAGGCAGGAUUAUCGCAUGAUCACGAAUACAAUCUACAGUUCAAAGUGGAGCAGGAGACAUUACCACGUGACAUUCAUCUAACUGCAGCUGAGAUUAUACUUAAUCGUAAACGUAAAUCAAUAGGUUAUCCGUAUAGUGCGAGUAUCGGGGCUGCUACAGAACAAACUAUGCCAACGUACAAUAUCAAGGCAAAACAGUCAGGUCCCUAUGACGUAUUUGAUGUAAGUAGUGAUGUCAUAGAAUUGGACACACAACACACGGAUGUACCUUUCAAAUAUAAACUGCAUAUUACAAACGGAUCUGGGGACGCAACGCUCGAUAAACUCUACCAUUUCAAGGAAAAUACUGACAGAUCACCACUAUUGGUUUUAUAUUUUGGAAUUCGACCUGAUGAUGUUACUGGUAAACGGAAAUCUGAUUUUUCGUCUGUCAUUGUAAAAAGAUCACCACCAUCAAAGUCUAAACUGCGCGAGGAGUGUAAGUUGUAUCAUUGGACAGUGUCUUUUCAGGACUUGGGCUGGAACUGGAUCAUUCGGCCCAAGACAGUCGCCGCCAAUUACUGUGCUGGACGAUGCCCAUAUAUUCUCAAAGCUACAGCACGAUAUAAUAACACAAAUAAUUCCUACGUGCGUAAUAUUCUUCGUUCUCGGUAUAGGCAACGUCAAUCUCCCAGGUCAAUCCCACCAAGAGCAUCAUGUGUUCCCACAGUAUUGAAACCGAUUAGUAUCCUCUUUCGCACUCCUGGUAAUUCCAUAGGGUUAGAAACAAUGGAAGAUAUGCAGGCUUCAAUGUGUGGGUGUAUGUGA